GUCUUUACAGCUUUUCGUUUCCCUUCGCUCCUUUGGCCCUUCUUGCGCGCGUGUCUAUGCUUACUCGGUGAAUUGGCGAAUGCCCCGUAGCUGGCAUUGCAGCAUGUGUCUGGCGUUGACCACGCUCAGGAGCUAAUGGAAUGUCCGCCACUACUACCACCACCACAAACCCCCCCGGCCAAAUGCCCCCCAACGGAGCGGCUAAUGUCGACCCUCUAGAUGCAGCGGACUACGAUCCAGUCGAUCAUCUCAACACGAUCUUCUCCCACCCCUCCACGCUGUCGUCCGUGUCCCGGGUCUCCCAGACCCUCCACGAAUACGAAGAUGAGCUCGACAACGAUAUCGGCGCACUGGUGGAGGACCAGGUCACAUCCAAUGCGGAGAGUGUCGAGCGCAUCCAGGCCGCCAAGGCGGAUUUGACGGAGCUGUUCAAGAAGAUCGACGACGUGCGCGACCGCGCGUCCUCGACCGAGUCGGCUAUCACGGAGAUGACGGCGGAUAUCAAGCAGCUGGACAAUGCGAAGAAGAACCUCACACAGUCGAUGACGGUGCUGAAGAGGCUGCAGAUGCUGACGACGGCGUAUGACCAGCUACGCGCCCUGGGUCGGACGCGGCAGUACCGGGACUGUGCCCAGCUGCUGCAGGCGGUGAUCCAGCUGAUGGCGCAUUUCAAGUCGUACCGCUCGAUCGACCAGAUCGCUCUUCUCAGCAGGAAUGUUGCGGACAUACAGCGGGAGCUUUUGGAGCAGGUCUGCGAGGACUUCGAGAUGGCGUUCGCCAGGGGGGAAGUCGGCCAAAGCAGACCCGUUCUUUCGGAAGGCUGUCUGGUCAUAGAGGCACUGGGCGACCAUGCCAAGUCCAGGCUGGUGACCUGGUACUGCAACUUCCAGCUGCGCGAGUACAGGCAGGUGUUCCGGAACAACGAGGAGGCCGGGUCGUUGGACAACAUCUCGCGGCGGUACGCAUGGUUUAGGCGCAUCCUGAAGAUCUACGAUGAGGAGUACGGGGCCAUAUUUCCCGCGGCUUGGAAAGUCAAUGAGAUCCUGGCGAAUGUCUUCUGUGAGGGGACACGGGAGGACUUCAAGGGCAUUCUCUCCCGAUCCGUGCGCAAUGGCCAGACGAUCGAUGUCAACCUGCUGCUGUCGUGUCUGCAGGAGACACUGGACUUUGAACACUCCCUGGAACGGCGGUUCAUCAACCCGUCCCGUCAUUCGACGGAUACGUUUGCCUCGGGCGAGGCAACUGUCUUUGGCCAGGCCAUCUCGGAGGCGUUCGAACCCUAUCUGAGUGUAUGGGUGGAGGCUCAGGACAAGCAGCUGGCUGCGCUGAUGCCUAAAUAUCGGCAACAACCUAUUAAGCCUCCGGAUGAGGAGUUCGACUCGCAUAUUGUCAUAUCCUCCUCUACGGACCUUUUCACAUUUUACCGGCAUUCGUUCCAGCAAUGCGCGAAGCUAUCUACUGGUGCAAGUCUGGCAGACCUGGCCAAGGUCUUUGCGAAGUACUUGGAUCACUACGCGCAAACAGUCCUGCUAUCCUACAUCAGCGAGCGCCCGACGGGUCACACUCCGUCAAAGGUGCCGGAUACUGAAGACCUAAUCUUGGUUCUCAACACCGCGGAUUACUGCUACACGACCUGCAAUCAGCUGGAGGAGAAGAUCAAGGGCAGGCUCGACAGGAGCCUCAAGCAGACCGUAGACCUGCAGAGUCAGGCGGACUCUUUCAUGGGCAUAGCGUCUGCGGCUGUUCGAGGGCUUGUGCGGAAGGUUGAGGUUGAUCUGGAGCCCUGCUGGCGGGAGAUGCGCAACACGCCUUGGAACCGGCUGGAGGGCGUGAGCGACCAGAGCUCCUACGUGGGCGAGCUGAUGUCCAAGACACAAACUAGGUCCUCGGAACUCCUGCAGCUUCUGCAUAAGCAGCAGUACGCCCGAGCUUUCGCAGACCAUGUCGUCGAGCUGAUCUCAACCGUAUUCAUCGCGACCAUUUUCCAGUGCAAGCCGGUCUCAGAGACCGGAGCGGAGCAGAUGCUCCUCGACACCUAUACCCUCAAAACCGGACUCUCGUCACUUCUCCCCAACCCCGCGCCAGCAAGCUUCGUCAAGCGCGUCAACGCCAGCUUCGCGAAGAUCGAAGCCCUCCUCAAGACCCUCCAAGUGCAACCGUCUCCCCCCGAAGCCCUCGUGCAGGCCUACCUCAUCCACAUCGCCGACCAAAGCAACACGAACUUCCGCAAGAUCCUCGACCUCAAAGGCAUCCGCAGCCGCCAGGAGCAGAACCACCUCCUGGAAUUAUUCCAGCUCCACCGCGCCUCCGAUCGCUAUGCACCGAACCUCCAACAGAGCAACCCCAUCCUAACCGCCCUGCAAACCUCCACCGCCCCCACCACCAGCUCCGUCUCCCAGGGCCUCGGCCUCGGCACCGCCGCGGCGUCCAUCGGCGCCUCGACCCUCCCCACGCGCUUCGACCCCUCCAUGCUUGGCUCCGCCAUCAUCUCCGCCGCCAAAGACGGCGUCGACCGCUUCGGCACCCCGAUGGGCUCCUCAUCAAUCAACCCCAUCGCCGGCCUUGCUCCCCCCGGAGCCGGAGGCGUCUCCAUCUCAGGCGCCUCGGCCUCCCCAUCCUCCUCAUCCACACCUGGACCCUUGGGACUGGGACUGGGACAGACCCAGACCGGAGAGAGUUCCAUAUCCUCUGCGGGAAAUCUUAACGAGAAUCUGAAGAAUAUUGGGAAGUUUUUCCGGAGGGAUCUAGGUGGUUUUGGGGGGAGAUUUGGGCGGGGUGGUGAUGAUGCGAGUUGAUGUAUGUGUGUGUGUAUAUAUUUUUUCGAAAGCG